AUGCCCGUCGAUACCAGUGCUGAUCUCAUUGUAUCAGAGGGAGCAGACUCGAAAACACAUUCUGAUCAACAGCCUCGUGCUCAUCAACAAACCAGUCGACAAACGAAUUCUCAAGGCGAAACGAGCAUCACCUUAAACAGCAGCUCAUGCAGUAGCGACAGUUUGAGUGAAGAUGAAGUCCAUCUAAGUAAGAAGACGUCUUAUUUUCCAAAACAUUUGGGACAUACGCUGUUCACCUCACCAGAAAGAUACCAAUCCAAGACUAACCAUGAUGAUAAGACUCAUCCAGAAGCGCCAAGUGAAACAAAGACAGAGAGGAUUAUAGGACGCAUUCAAAAAAGAGCCCCUGGGCGCAUCAUACGGCGAAUUCUGAAAUGUACCAUAGCUUACUUUAUAUCCACAUUGUUCAGCACGAUUGAUCCUUUAGCAAAGGCAUUGGGCCAAGCCCCGUUCAUUGUAUGUUCGGGUUGUCUUUUAAGUCAUCCUGGCCGAACUGUUGGGGCACAACUGGAUGCCACAAUCACAUCAGCAUUGGGAGCAGGGUUAGCUAUUGUCUAUGGCUUGGCUGGUAUUGCUGCUGCAACGUCGUAUAAUGCCCAGCAUCCUAACUCGUAUGCUGGAAAUGGUAUCAAUUGCUUGUUUCUCGUUGUGGGUGUAUUUGCUGCUCAGUUGAUACGUCAAAAAUUCUCCAAAUUGCACUUUUUCUCAUUGCAAUUUAUGGUCGUCUUGCUCUUUUCCAUGACAGCGGGUGUAGGCUAUAAAUCGGUGCCGUUGAGGCUCUCGAGCGAGUUUGGAUUGCCCUUUCUGAUCGGUGCUUUCGUGUCUCUAUUUGUAAAUGUAAUAUUCUGGCCAGAAACUGCUGUUGAUGGCCUUGGUCGAACGCUGAAUCAGACACUCUAUGAUACCAAAGAUAUGCUGAACAUGAUUACAAACCAGUUUUUCCUUAAUCCAAAGUCUGAAAGAGUUUCUGAACUAGCUGUAGAUACACUGGCCGAGAAGAUGAGGGAGGGCAUGAUGAAAGUCAAUACAGCAUAUAAAGAAGCCAAAUACGAAGUAUCUUACGCCUACUCUUGCUCUUCAGACUUAAACCCAAUAAGGCAAUCUCUCAAUAUCGUUACAAAACACCUCAGCAUUCUUGGUAGAAGCCUCAAAUCAGAACAAGUGCUAUUUGAACGCAAUUUUUCAUCAGAGGAUGAAUCUAGUCGACACAGCAAUAUACCCCAAAGUGAUGAAAAGGACAGCGAGAUGGAGACACGCCCUACUUCUGGACCGGAAACUUCAAAAGAGACUGAUAUAGGUAAGGCGGCUUUCACAGCUGCCAAUUCUUAUAUGCAAAGUGGUAGCUACCAUAGUCCAUAUAGCCAGCACUUGAAUGAUCAGCACAGCAGUAAGGAUAUACAUCAGAAAAGUGUGCAAUUCGAACCGGAUAGUAAACAGCCAUCUAAUUCAAGAGGGAAAACAGGCCAUGAAGAUGAAUUCCACCCUAAUGAGCCAAUGGAUUGGCCAGAUCAAAGAAAGAGCUUACCAGCAUCAUUGAGGUCAGUUUUCUCCACCUCACAACCUGGCACUCCCAAAGGUGAAAGCAAAUCCUCAACGCACAAUCCUCAUCAACAGCAACCGCAAGAGAGUCUUUUUAAAGAAGACGAAAUGUCAGAUUAUAAUCAACACACUGUGCGCUCUGUGAGAUCCUUUCUUAACCUCAAUCGACUGUCAGGAACGCUGCCGAAGCCUCCUCAGAGACCCGACAGACAUAUCAGCGCAGACGAUCGACAAGUGUUGGUGACUUAUUUGGAAAAGCUGAGAGACCCUCUACUUUCACUUGCAGUGGAAUGUGGUGCUGUGCUUGAUUGUAUUCGAGAUAGCUUGUGCGAACAGCUUGACAUGUCCAACAAUAGUGAUGCAAGUAUUCGACACACAAGCUUCUGUGCUUAUUUGCUUCAUACGUUGCAAAUCAAAACGGUGCACACGGAAGACUAUCAGAACUUUUUAGACAAGAGGAAACGCAAUGCUUCAUUUCUGUGCAACUGCUCGGAUACGUUGCGUUUACGUAUUCAGCAAUUCGAUCAGUGCGAAAAGGAGCGCAUGCAAGCUCUGUACAAAGUCAAUCUAUCGCAUAUGCGUGGAGAACGGCUAGAUAUGGGUAUUCGUGAUGAGCUAUUCUUGGUCUUUUUCUUUAUAUUCACCAUGCGGGAAGUGGCGAGCAGUUUGGAGCAGAUGGCUACCGAAAUGAGAAAGCUGCAAGAAAAGACACAAGCACAAAUGAAGAAGGACAACAAAUACAAGAAGAAGAAGACGCUUUACAUGCCACAGGUCACCACUCAAACAUGGAAAAAAUGGUUUUACUCUAAUAGCUACCAGGAAGUCCAGGACCACGGUGGAUACUCAUUUGGCUAUUUGCAGCACAAUAUGCUUACAAGUGUUGGUCAGAGAGAUUUGGAAGAGGAGUACAAGCUAUCCCAAAUAUCCACCAACAGAAACAACAGUAAUAUGGCAGCUGUUGAUACAGCAGAUGAUAUAUCUGUCACUAGUUUCAAUAAUGCCAGUGUAUCCUACGAGUCAACAGCUAAGCCGAGAGGAAGUAUCAAGAAGCAAAUGGCGGAUGAUGCUAUCAUAUUGACAGAAUUAGAAGCGGGGCCUCGGCAAUCUGCAAACGAACAUUCAACUAAGCCGCCCCCCUUACUGAGGUUAAGAUAUCGUCUAUGGCUGAUACUGAGAUACCUCCAAAACUAUGAAUUCAAAUUUGCUCUCAAGUUGUCUGCCGCUGUAGGUAUUUUAACAAUUCCAGCUUGGCUACCAGAUUAUCAGCCUUGGUUCGCUGCCAUUCGAGGUCAAUGGGCUGCAUUAACGGUUAUCUCUGUUAUGGGUCCAACAAGUGGUGGCACUUUGUCAGCUGGCCUUUGGAGAUUGGCGUCCACCAUUAUUGGUGCGUUUGCAGCCUGGGCAGUACUGGAAAUAGACGGUGGAAGUGGGGUGCUACUCUCUGGGUUCGCUGUAGUCUUGGCUUUGCCAUUCUUUUACAUUCAUUUCUCGACGUCUUACAGCAAAGUAGCAAUCAUCACAUUGGUCACGUACAUGAUCAUUGCCCUGAGCCAAUAUGUAACGCCAUCUUAUCCUGAACAAGUUUCAAGCAUGGUUUGGCAACGAACACUAACAUUAAUCAUCGGUCUCUUUGCUGCAUUGAUACUUAAUUGGAUGGUUUGGCCAUUCAUAGCUCGUGUGGCCAUCCGCAAGACACUGGCCAGCGCCAUUGGGGAUCUGGGUGAUUACUUUUCUUAUGUCAUGGGGACUUUUCUGUACCAUAAAGAAGGUUUAUUUCCUACGCAAGAUGAGUUCAAGGAAGCUGAAAGGAUGGAACGCAAACUGGAGAAGAUGCUGAAUACAUGCAACGUACUACUCGAACUCACGGACCAUGAACCGAGAUUGAAGGGCCCAUUUCCAAAAGAAUUUUACCGAGAAAUGCUUAUUUCUGCACAUAACUUGCUAGAUAGGAUGAUGAGCCUGAGAAUCAUUCUGAUGAAAAUGUCGCCUAGUGUCAAGAAAGAUGUCAGAGGUUUGGACAUUUAUCAUUAUCGAAGAGACAUGGUAGCAUCCAUUUUGUUACAUUUCUAUACGCUAUCUGCCUCGCUGAAAGCAAAGAUACCAUUACCGUCAUUCAUGCCAUCAGCUCGCGCUGCAAGAUCACGGGUUUUACGACACAGACGUCAAGAAGACCGGCCAGAAAAGCUGCUUCGUUAUCGAAAUCUGACUUGGUUUGCCAUGGGAUGUUCCACUGAAGAGAUCAUUAAUGAAUUAGAGCAUUUGACAGAUCUGGUGAGAUUCAUCGUGGGUGAUUCCAAAUUCACCUUUAAAGCAAGACGCUUGGAGAGAAAAGAAACCAUUCGCAAGAAAGCUAUUUGA